CAAGUUUGGGCAGCACACGCCGCACUUUCUGCGCGCAGGCAGUGAUUGAGCCGCAUCCGCAUCGCCUGCGCCUCACACAUUCCGACGCGAAUUUAAAAACGUUCGAUUGUGUUUUUUUUAUGUGUGUAUUUUAGUUGCCAGUAAAUUUAAACAAUUGAUGGAAUUUUGCAGCAACCGAGGUUUCAAUCUGUCGACAAAGCAGUUGAGAGGAUAUUAAAUGUUAUGUUAAUAAUCUUAUGUUGAGGAUGCACUAAGUGUGAGUCAAGCUGAGGUGAAAGUCGGGUGUUUUGCUCAGAAAAGUGAUAGGUUUGACCGUCUGCGCAAACUUCGUGUAUCAGUGAAACUUUUGAGUUAUAGUAGUAAAAGUGGAUUGUUCCCACUAUACAUUAGGCAAGUUUAGUGCACGUUGAGCUUCGGUGCGUCUAAGCGGUGCUGUGUUUUUUCUGUUAUAAAAUUAUUAAGUUUUUAAAGUUAAGACCGCACAAUGUUUGUAUUGGUUUCUAAAAGGCAGUGUCAGUGCUGUGUGAAUUAGUGUGUAGUGGACAUUUCCUUCAGGAGCCAAGUUUGCGUUCUUUGUUGAACGAAAAUGAUGGUAUCUGCCGGAAAUCUUGGAGGUCACUCCUUGUCCUCGAUGUUUCGAAGGCGGAGAAAUGUAUCCCCCACGAGUCGCCCAGAGAAACCGUUGUCCACACUAGCGGCAGGCCCGCCGCCGCCCGCGCCCAUAGUCCCCCGAGCGGCGGACGGGCCGCGCCCGCCCGGGUGGAACGGACAACCGCGCAGACAUGGAUCCAGCAGGUUCAACGUACACAACCACAACCAGGAGCUGGUCAAACUACCACCCAUUAAAGAUGCACCGGCAGCAGAGCGUGAACAGUUGUUCGUCCAGAAGUUACGGCAGUGUUGCUUACUGUUCGACUUCGCGGACGAACCUCUGUCAGACCUUAAAUGGAAGGAGGUGAAGCGGGCCGCGCUGCUUGAGAUGGUUGAAUACGUCACAUCGCAGCGCGGCGUUAUCACGGAGGCCAUAUACCCGGAGGCCGUCAGUAUGUUCGCGAUAAAUUUAUUCCGGACGUUGCCGCCUUCGUCGAACCCGAACGGCGCGGAGUUCGACCCUGAGGAGGACGAGCCCACGCUGGAGGCGGCUUGGCCGCACCUGCAGCUGGUGUACGAGCUGUUCCUCAGGCUACUGGAGUCGCCGGACUUCCAGCCCAACAUUGCCAAGAAGUAUAUAGACCAGAAGUUCGUGUUACAGUUACUAGAGUUAUUCGAUUCGGAAGAUCCCCGUGAGCGCGACUUCUUGAAGACAACUCUACACAGGAUAUACGGGAAGUUCCUCGUAUUGCGUGCCUACAUACGGAAACAAAUCAACAAUGUAUUCUAUAGGUUUAUCUACGAGACAGAACACCACAAUGGCAUCGCGGAACUGCUCGAGAUUCUCGGCUCCAUCAUCAACGGGUUCGCGUUGCCCCUUAAAGAGGAACACAAACUGUUUUUACUUAGGGUAUUAUUGCCGCUGCACAAGGCCAAAUCGUUGUCGGUAUACCAUCCGCAGCUGGCCUACUGCGUGGUGCAGUUCCUAGAGAAGGACCCCUCGCUCACGCAACCCGUAGUUAGAGCAUUAUUAAAAUACUGGCCGAAGACACAUUCGCCCAAGGAGGUGAUGUUUUUAAAUGAAAUGGAAGAAAUCUUAGACGUGAUAGAACCAGCCGAGUUCCAGAAGAUAAUGGACCCGCUGUUCAGACAACUGGCGAAGUGCGUCUCCAGUCCACAUUUUCAGGUGGCGGAACGCGCCCUCUACUACUGGAACAACGAGUACAUAAUGUCCCUAAUAUCCGACAACGCGACGCACAUACUGCCGAUAAUGUUUCCCUCACUGUACCGCAAUACGAAGAGCCACUGGAACAAAACCAUUCACGGGCUGGUGUACAACGCGCUCAAACUAUUCAUGGAGAUGAACCAGAAACUAUUCGAUGAGUGCACGCAGCAGUACAAACAGGAGAAACAGAAGGAGCGGGAGAGGAUGCUGCAGCGCGAGGAGUUGUGGCAGCAGUUAGAAACGCGCGCGGCCACCAACCCCGUGUGCCGGCCCCCCGCGCCCGACGGCCCCACGCCCCGCGGGCCCGCGCCCGAGCCCGACCUCUCCUACCAGCACGUGGAGCGGGAGGCGGCCGAGGCGCGGAAACAGAACUACAACGCGAGCAAACCACUGCUACGGAAGAAGUCUGAACUCCCCGCGGACACGUCGACGGUCAAAGCUCUGAUCGAGCACAAACGCGCCGAUCCUUACCUGUCCACGCCGCCCGACGUCAACCAGUGCUAGCGCAGAUCGAAUCACCCGCGCUCGCGACACGCAAAUUUGGUUCCGAUCGUGCUAAGAUAGAGAACAAUACAAACUUAAUAGCGGCUGUGAAGUUAGCCCACAUCGCGGCGCAGAAAACGACAAAAGCGCCACACACGCAGCCGUCGUAGCAAUCCGUAGUCGCUUCAAUUGUCCGUAGCGAGCUAUGCAACCAUUCAAGUUUUUGCAGUACCUUCAUAAAGCAUUCUUUGAGAAGACAUAUUUUUAUUAUUAUUUAAUAUAGGUACAAAUCUAGGAUGUUACAACCUAGCCGGCCUACUUUAACUACAGAUUCAAAUACA